AUGGCUACCAUCAUCGAGCCGCAGAAUGCGGCCCACCGCACAGAGGCGGGCGUCGACUAUGAGAAGAACAUUGCCUACGACAAUGGCGUCCAGGAGGUCAACCAUGACACCAAGCAGGAGUCUGACGCCGAGAGCGAGAACUUCCAGGGUGGUGUUCAGCGUGUCAGAGCCAUCACCUCUGUCUGGACCAAGAAGACCAUGAUCAUCAUGUUCUGCUUGCUCUACCUCGUCUCCUUCGCCGAUUUACUUCUGCAGUCCGUUCAGGGCUCCCUGAACGCCUUCGUCACAUCCUCCUUCGGAAAGCACGGUCUCCUGGCCAUCGUCAGUAUCUUCGCUACUAUCCUGUCAGGAUGCUGCCAGCUGGUCAUUGCCAAGAUCAUCGACGUUUGGGGACGUUCUGAGGGUUUCGCCAUCAUGAUCCUGUGCUCCGUCAUUGGUAUGAUCAUGAAGGCUACCUGCAAGAACAUGGAGACCUACGUUGCCGCCCACACCAUCUACUACGUCGGUCACUUUGGUAUGCUGUUCGUCAUUGACAUCAUGAUCGCCGAUAUGACUUCCCUGCAAAACCGUAUGAUCAUGUUCGGUAUCAACGGUACCCCUACCAUUGCCGUCACCUUCGCCGGCCCCAAGAUCGCCGACCUCUUCUACACCAACCUUAACUUCCGCUGGGCCUUCGGUGCCUUCGCCAUCAUUCUUGCUGGUGUCUGCAUUCCCGCCCUGACCAUCAUGCUGCUCAUGCAGCGCAAGGCUGAGAAGGCUGGUCUCUUGGCCAAGGCUAAGUCCAACGAUCGCUCUUACCUCCAGGGCUUCAUUUACUACUUAAUUCAGUUCGAUAUCAUGUGUAUCGUCCUCAUCAUCGGCAUGUUCUCCAUGAUUAUGCUGCCCUUCAACAUCGUCUCCUACGCCCCUAACGGAUGGAAGACCGGCUACAUCAUUGCCAUGGAGGUUAUCGGAGUCGUCCUCAUCCCAAUCAUCUACGUCUGGGAGAAGUACCUCGCCCCUGUCAGCUUCAUCGACUACAAGUAUCUCAAGGAGCCGACUCUGAUUGGUGCCUUCCUCCUUUACGGAAUCAUGUUCAUCUCCAUCUUCACCUGGGAUACCUACUACCAGUCUUACCUUCUGGUCGUCCACAGACAGAGCAUUACCUACGCCGGAUACAUCCUGAACGCCUUCUCUCUCACCUCCUCUUUCUUCGGUCCCGUCUACGGACUGAUCAUUAGAUGGACUGGUGACUACAAGUACACCGCGCUCGCUGGUGUUCCCUUCAUGCUUCUGGGUACCGCUCUCCUGAUUCCCCUCCGUAAGCCCAGCACCCCCGUUGGUGCCCUGGUCGUCAUGCAGAUGCUCAACGGUAUCGGUACCGGUCUCUUCGCCGCCUGCGGUCAGAUCGCCGUCAUGGCCGUCGUCACCCACCAGGAGAUCGCCUCCGCCAUGGCCAUCUACUCUCUGUUCGGUGGUAUCGGCUCUUCCAUUGGUUUCGCCAUCGCCGGUGGCCUGUGGAACAACAUCAUGCCCAAGGAGCUGUACAACAACCUCCCCGACUACGCCAAGAACAGGACCGCCGAGAUCUUCGGCGACGUCACGAUCCAGAUGUCCUUCGAGGACGGCGACCCCAUUCGCGACGCCAUUGUUGCCGCGUACGCUGAUGUGCAGCACAAGAUGGUCAUUGCUGGUUCCUGCUUGGUUCCCCUCUGCCUCGGCUCCAUCCUCCUCUGGAAGCACAUCAACAUCAAGAAGGUCGAGAGCGAGAAGGGUACCCAGACCAAGGGCAACGUCUUCUAA